UCAAGAUUACGUGACGGCUGGUUUAUUAAUACACAAGGUGAACAAGUUACUCAAUCAGUGAUUUUUCCUGAAAACCUUCCUUCUAAUGAUCCUAAUUAUGUCUUUCGCAAUCAACCAAAAGGAAUUUAUCAAGUACUUCUUGAACACAAUUUAUGGCCUACUAGUGGUUUAAAACUAAAGUGUAUAAAUAACUAUUAUGAUUCAAAUACACCUAAUUGUUGUGCGCGUCAUCUUUUGUCUGCACAACCUGAUUUUACUAUGCAAAAAUCAGCAUUAGAAAAACUUAUUGUUGAACGAGGACAU